CUUGCAAAGCCAGGCGUGGGGUGUGUGAUUCUCCUUCGGGGCCCCGCGCACAGCACUUCCGCAACCUGGGCAUCCCAAGCCGCCGCCGUUCUAAGCACCCGCGUUGCUCGGCAACCUUUGUCCUCCCGACGUUCCAGCCAGGUUGCCCAGCGAGGCCCCGCCCCCAGCUCCUUGGCCACGCCCCCUCCCCAUCCCGACCGGCUCGAUUUGGGUGGCUGCGUGGCUGAGCCCUCCGUUUCUCUCGGAGGGGGGGGUGCAUUUCCUCCUCCAUGGCCACAGGGGGCGCCCUUCUGGUGCUGGUGCUCUGCCUGAGGCCUGGGCUGCUGGCCCAGGACAUCAGCCUGGCAGAGGCCGACACCCUGAUCGCGGCCCCGGCCCACCUCCUGGCCCUGGUCCCCGAGGCCGCCCAAGCCACGGUGGCGGCCGGCUACACCGAAGGGGGCCGACAAGAGGCCAACGAGGGGCAGAGCGUCACCAGCAAGCCGGCCGGCGACGCAGCGGCGGGGGUCUUCGCCACCCAGACCGUGGACAGCACCAGCGGUGGGGGGGUGGAGACGCCGGUGGAGGUCAUCGAGCACGCGGGGGGCAACGUGGGCAUCCCAGUGGAGGUCGUCACGGUGGGGGCCCUGGAAGACAGCACCGGCCUCCUGGGGACCCCCGUGGAGACGGCCACCUCCGGCCUGGAGAUCGUCGGCGAGGACCAGACGACCCCCAAGGAGGAGAUCCUGAUCGUGGGCGACACCCGGUACCAGUGGCAGGAGUGGAGCCCCUGGCACUGCAACUGCCCGGCGGGCAGCAUGUCCCGGGUGCGAGACAUCACCUACUCGGUGCCCGGGGUCCGCCUCGACCCCGUCCAGUACAACGUCCUGCGCUUCGAGCGGGAGGUGUGCAGCUACAAGGGCUGCCACUGCGACCGGAAGGCCCACACCUGCGACCAGCUGGAGGUGUCCUGCAAGGAGGCCGCCCCGCACAUCUGCGCCUUGAAAGACAUCGAGCACGAUCAGGACGAGAAGCGGAAGAAUUUCUGGGCCAAGGCAACGAGAGCCCAAAGCCAAAAGUGAGCAGUACCCAGAGUCAAGUGAAUCAUGACAAUCUCCGAGCGUCCCACAAAGCCAGUGACUUCGCAGAUGUUUCUAGUAAAUACGGUUCUGAUAAUUAUUUGUUUUUUUUGGUUUUCUGUCGCUUUUCAUUA